GUCUCAAUUAGACGAUCAGAAGUUCACAACACUCCACAAAAGACCUCUCUCGGACACGGAGCAGAAAUUCGCUGAGAAAAUUUUGGCGAUUCAAUAACAUGGAGUCUUGCCCUGCCGUAAAGAACAUUCUCCUUUUGGAUUCAGAAGGGAAACGUGUGGCUGUCAAGUAUUAUUCAGAUGACUGGCCAACAAAUAGUGCAAAGGAAGCCUUUGAGAAAGCAGUAUUUACCAAGACCCAGAAGACAAAUGCUCGUACUGAAGCGGAAAUAACAAUGUUUGAGAACUACAUUGUUGUUUAUAAGUUUGUUCAAGACCUUCACUUUUUUGUUACGGGGGGUGACAAUGAAAAUGAACUCAUUUUGGCCACAGUUCUUCAAGGAUUUUUUGAUGCAGUUGGCCAGCUCCUCAGAGGCAGUGUGGACAAGAGAGAGGCACUGGAGAACUUGGAUCUUAUUUUGUUAUGCCUUGAUGAAAUUGUUGAUGGCGGUUAUGCUUAGAAGUUUAAGGAGCAUGUUAUCUGUUUGGAGAUAAGUAUGGGAUUCAUAAAAUUUUGAAUAUAGACAUUUCUUUUCUGGAAUAUCUCCUUUCCUCCAUCUUAACUGAAGUUACAGCCUCCGAAUUUGAUUCUGGUUUUCCCUGUCAAGCAUUGUUAGUAAGAAGAGAUAGUCUUUUGUAACAGAUGGUAUGUUACUUGAUGUGAUGAGGCAAGCCAAAAAAGUUUGCAUAGGACAUUUACAUUAUGCAUUGCUUCUGAUCAGAAAACAAGGGCAGGCAUAAAAAAUAUGAAUUGGAUAUCAUAAACUCCCGCUGUUGCACUUUGUUGAGAGUUUUUGGUUGGGGGGGAUUAGAAUGGAAGGAUAGGAUAUACAGGCACGGUAAUUCUUAGGACCUCUCUCACUCUCUCUGUCUUUCCUCCCAGAUUCAGCUCCUGAAUUUAUUUAUGUUACUAUCCUUUCUAACACUUUUCCUUAUGCAGCAUCAUUCUUGAAACUGAUGCAAAUGUUAUUGCUGGAAAGGUUGCCAGUAAUAGUAUUGAUGCUGGGGCUCCUUUAUCAGAACAGACAAUAAGUCAAGCAUUGGCCACUGCUCGCGAACACUUAGCAAGGUCCCUCCUCAAGUGAUGCAUGUGAGACAGCAAGAGAAAUUGAUAUCUUGUGUUUCCAAUUUUACUUCAUUUACAUGUUCUGAUUUUUUUUUUUUGGCCAUCAUAUAUGCUCUGGUUGAUAAGCAUAGAUUUUGCUUCCAUUAUGCAUUCUUGACAUUAGUAGAUGAUGGCUGCCAAAAGCGCCAGUUAGCAUGUCAGAAAUUUGAUUCUUCUUUUGUUUUUCAUUUUUCCUUCCCCCUAUCUUCAGGUUAUGGAUAACCUUCAAUUGAUUUGAACUUCGAACAUUGAUGAAGAUAUAAGAACUUCAAGUUUAGAACUUACAAUUGUAUUU